CUCCGUCCGUCUCUCUCCAUACUCCACCUGAAACCAUUGAUCUCAAGACAUACACAGUUUCUUUGAUAACAUUCCAUCUUCUUCGACUGCCUCAUUGACCUCAGGAUGGAAACUGAAGAGGAUGUUCUGAACUUAAAUGAAGAUGCAGACUACCUGAGUGGAGAUGAGCUAAUGGAUGAAAAUGAAGAUGAUGAUGAAGCAUUAGCAGUGGAGGAUACUCUCAUGAGCACAGCUGAAACCCGCAAAAAAAGAGGAGGCAAACGCAGACACUCCAGAUGCUGGAAGCACUUUGCUAUAAUAGGAGAGAAGUAUCCAGAUGGUACAAAUGACGUCGAGUGUAAAUUCUGCAAACUCAGCUACUUCUUAAACCUGCGUAGGAGUGGAACUUCUAGUCUUCUGUUGCCAGGGUUAGUCAUGGAUGUUGCAACAAGAUGGAAUUCCACCCAUCUUAUGCUAGACAUAGCAAUCAUCUAUAGAGAAGCCUUCCGCCAACUUGCUGAAGUUGAGGCAUGUUAUCAGUUCUGUCCAAAUGAAUUGGAGUGGGAGAGGGCAGAGUUGAUUCGCGAUUUCUUGGCUCCUUGCGCUGAGAUGACCAAUCUGAUUUCAGGAUCUUUUUAUCCGACAGCUAACCUCUAUUUUAUGCAAGUGUGGAUGAUCGAGAACUGGCUGAGAGAAAAUGAGUUCAGUGGGGAUGAAGUAAUUUGUGAGAUGGUGGCUUCAAUGCAGCCCAAAUUUAAUAAGUAUUGGGAGGAGUAUUCUGACAUCUUAGCCAUUGCUGCUGUGCUUGAUCCAAGAUUGAAGUUUGCAUGUCUGGAGUAUUGCUUCACAACUUUAGAUGCAUCGACAAGCAAGACAAAAGUGGAUCAUAUUAGGAAGAAGUUGAAGAAGUUGUUUGACGUUUACAAGAAGAACACAAGGAAAAACGUGGCUGGAGCUUCUAGAUCAAACGCUGCACAGACCACUUUACAUGGAUAUGAUGGGUUUUAUGCUUUCAUCUCGCAGAAUGUUGGUAGCAGUGGAAAAUCAGCUUUGGAUAAGUAUCUAGAGAAACCGAUUCUCGACAUGCCUUCCUUGGAGAAGAUGGAUGUUCUCUCCUAUUGUAGAGAGAAUGCCAACAGGUUUAAGGAGCUCUCUGCAAUGGCGUGUGAUGUUCUGAGCAUUCCUAUAACCACGGUGGCUUCAGAAUCUUCAUUCAGCAUUGGAAGUCGAGUUCUGAACAAGUAUAGAAGCUCCCUUCUCCCUUCCAACGUUAGAGCACUGAUUUGUGCAAGGAACUGGCUAAGAGGGUUUGAGUCUUUAGACAGUGAUGAAGUGGAUUUUAAACCCUUGGAGGAAGUUGGAGAAGCAGUUAAUGAAACAGGUCAAGUCUGAGUUUAUGUGGGUUAAGGACUUGGAGGAAGAUGAACUUAUGGAGCUUAGAGUUAUGAACUUAUGGAGUUAUAGUUUGUAAUUUGUAUGCACGUAUGGAAUUAUAGUUUGUAUAAUUGUAUGCACUUAUGGAGUUAUGCUAUGUAUGAACUUAUGGAGUUAUGGUUUGUAUGCACUUAUGAACUUAUGGA